GAUCUACGGUACGUGGGUUGUCAUGUGGUCAAGUGGGUGUGUAUUAGGCCACAAACCAUAACAGCUCCGUUUGUUCACGUAAUUGACUGUUUGCGGUAAUUGAUCGAUGGGUGAUAAAAAGGAGAGCGGCGUGGUGUGGUGUGUUGCAGUCGUGUACCACCAAGCUCAUAGCAGGGGAGCCAAAGCAGCUCAGCUCAGGCCUGCUUGCUUACAAGCCAGGGCCAAAACCACGAAUUGCUUAGCGGUGUCUCAAAAAAGAAUGCACUGAUUAUAUGAGCCUGGGUCCACUUUCCGCCUUUGUCCUACCCGCAAUACCUCAUGGCUUUAUUCGAAAGACUAGGUGCUUUUAAGUCCUGGGCAAAAGAGACAGGUACAGCAAGAGCUGCCCUGGCCAGAGACAAGAGACUGGAAGACCCUCUUUCCACAGCUAUCACCGCAAAUCACUUCGCUCUGGAAAAUGUCGCAACCUACGGUACUCCCGGCCCUGCUACCUCUAUUGGGUUUGAUCCGGUACAAAGUAUUUUGGCUAUUGGUACGAAGAAAGGCUGUGUAAAGAUUUUCGGGAAAGGCAUAUCAUGCACUUUACAAAUUGAAAAGCCUGCUCCUAUCAAGUAUUUGACAUUCCAAUGUGGUCAACCUAAACUUGCCGUCGUCGACAGUCGCAACAUAUUGACGGUCUUUGAUCUCAACACUCAACGUAUUUACUCGACUCUAGCUGUUCGUGGAUAUGUGACUAGUAUAGAAAUAGUGCCUGGUGCGGACUGGCUCUUCUUAGGACUGGCAGAUGGGACCAUUGACGUCUUCGACUUGCGUGUUGGAAAAAUGUCACCGUAUCGAAUUCCUGAUCUGAUGACAGAGUGGCAGAAAUUCCAAGCCGAAGAGCAAAUGAAACGAGGACUGGAAGGCUCACCAAAGCUGCGCCAUCCAAAGGUCGAGCUAGUGUCAGACAUUCAAUUUCACUCCACCGACCUCAACCAACUGCUUAUUGCCUACGAAACGGCCGUCAUUCUCUGGAACCUUCGAGACAACGUUGCUGUUCGUGUGUUCGAGUUUGGCACAUCGGCGGCUCACAGGUCGAGAGUUACGGCCAUGAGCUGGAAACCUAACGGCGAGUCCCAAUUUGUAGUCGGAUACGACGAUGGACUGUUGUGUUUGUGGGAUAUUCAACAUGAAGAUCAGCCUAUCGCCUACCGCUAUGUCUUUCAAGAACACCAUAAAAAUCAAGACAGAACCGUUUUGAACGAACCCAUUUAUCGUCUGGCAUGGUGCUCAAAUGCUGACUUUUCAGAAACCUAUCUUGUCGUAGCCGGAGGUACACAUCCUUCGGACAAUCAUGGAAUUAAUGUGCUGAUGUUCAACAAGGAUUCGACUUUCCGAGAUCCAGCACGACAAUCCAUCCUUCCAGUACAAGCUGAAGUGGGUGAUUUUACCAUCAUGCCUUGGACGUCUCCAUAUUUUCUGGGCACACAUGAUCCUUUAGGUCUUGCUGUAUUGACGACAAAAGGAGAAAUCUUAGCUUUCAGCCUUCAACAAGGUUAUGCUGAAUUCUUGUUGCCAUCCGCCUUCUCAUUUUCUUCACCAUGGCUCCGACAAUUUCGUCAAUAUACUAAUGUUGACGGUCAGCUGUAUGAGGCACUGAUGGCUCCACCGCCCACUUCUGCCCGCCAACCUUAUUUGCCACUGACUGGUGGCAUUGCCGGACCAAGGCAUGUGUAUCGAUUAGAGACCGCCGAUUUGAUGAUUACAGCGCAUGAGAGUGGUAUCAUACGGAUGUGGGAUUCUUCCUUUGUUUCAUUGCGACCACUACCUCAGCAUACACUACGUACGCAACAAUUCCUCGCACAACCAUCUGAAAUAACCCUGUUCGACUUUUCGGAAAACACAGGAUUGUUGACAGUCGCUUAUGCAUCUGGUGCUGUGAUUUGCUUUGUGCUGAAUCGACCUGAGGAGAAGGAACCUGUGACAGAAAGCGAAAAUAACAGCCAUGUAGUUCAUGAUUUGCGGAUGACGCAGAAGAACCUGGAAACACUUGACAGUUAUGUAGAGUCUAUGACCACGGAAGAUACAGAUCUUCCCAUGGCAUCCGAUGAACAUGCUUCACCAACUUCAGGAUCUGGCGCCGAUUCCACAAAUCCAUUUGUUAGCGAUCCACCAUCACAUGAGCCUGUGGCAGAAACAUCUGGUUCACCGCAAGCACCGACAGCCGUACCGGUAACGGAAAGUCCAAAGUCAACUUCAAUCGGCAACAUAGAACAACAUCUUGUCGAACAACUUGAACAUUUUUGUUUACAAAACGCACCUCGCAUUGAGAUUCACCCACAGAAACAAUACCAACCCGGAAUGUAUGUGCCAGACUUCACUCUUCAUACCUCAUUGUAUGAUAUUGUUGCAUUAGCUCAGUCAAGCACAGGAUUAUUGGCGGUUGCAGCAAAGAGCGGGCAUAUCUACAUUGUGGAUACUCAUGCACGCAGGAUUGUAUUCGACUCGGCUAUCGGAUCUGGACCAGUAGAUGAUGGAAAUGUCGAAGACACUCAAACUGAUGAAGCAGCCGCUGACAUAGCCAUCACGAUGGUCAAGUUUGUUCAUUCUUAUCCUCCCAAUUCAGACAAGAUAAGCGUUUUGCAGUUACUGGUUGGCAAGUCGGAUGGCAGCCUGUGGCAAAUCAGCUUGGGCGACGAUAAUUCUUCAUGGACGGUGUUGGGAUCAGAUCAAGUUUUCGGCCCUCUUGGGUCCCGAAUUCAGGAUGUCUAUGUCAUCGAUCUUCAAGGACAGGAGCACACAUCAGAUGUCAAUGUUGACACUCAAGCAGAUAAAGAAACUAUUCUUAGCGCAGAGCCCGUGCCUAGUCUGCCUGCACAACCUCUGGAACAGCCUGUCGCUGAGCAAGAGGAGGAGGCGACAGCGGAUGGUGCAUCUGGAUUUUUGAAACGUUCUUUGACCAGAAAGCAAAGCAAAUCCAGUAAAGCUUCUCCUUCACCUCGCCGCAGUAAGACGACUCGCGAUACUUCCGACAGUCCCAAAGCAUCACGAAUGAGGGUACAAAAGAAUCCGCACUUUUGCAUCAUUGUUACCGAAAUGGGUAUACGGGUUCACCUGAACGUAUCCCCACUUAAAUUGUUCAGCUUCAGUACUGCCGAGGUCACUGAAGAAGACACCAAUACCAGUAUUCGCAGUUCAAAUCUUGUUCGUUGUGACGGUGGCAUUGCACUGGCGUGUCUCCUUUCGAAUGGAAACUUGGACGUAUUUUCAUUACCUCAAUUGGAACUUAUUGGGACAGUAGAGACACGAUAUGAAAAGGUGCGAUCACAGAUUCUUCAAGAUGGUCGGCUCAUGGUAUCAAGUGAUCCCAUGGAGGUAGCGCAAAUUGCCUUCCUAGUUCAGCCAAACAUGCGAUACGAAGAAUCCAUUAAGUUGCAUGACCCAAGUCGCAAUUUACCAGUGCGACCAAGCUCUCACACGGCCACCGGUAACAAAUCAUGGUUUGCGAGUGUUACGGCUGGUCUUCAGAGAGAAAGCUUGAGCUUGCAAGAAUUAGACUUACUGGUUGGUGGAAAAGAUCGGCCCCUGCCCAAGGCGCCAAGCACCCAAAAACGACAGCAGACACCAGGGCAAGGGCAAGGAAACGUUUUCCAGGAACUUAACAACAAGGUCAAUGAGAGAGGAGAACGCUUGAAUGAGCUGGAUCAAAAGUUUAAAGAAGUCAACCAAGCUUCUGGAGACUUUUUAAAGGCCAUUAAGGAUUACAAUGAACGACAGGCUCAGAAGAAGUGGUGGGAGUUCUAAUAUGGAGUCUAACGCCUUGUAAGCUAGUGGGGAGAGCCAACCAAUUUUCCGUUGCGGCAUCUCGAGAUUCCAUUCAUCUUUUUCUUGUUCUCUCAUCUUG